UGAACCAUGGCGUCCGGCACCGCCGCCAGCGAGGAGGAGCGCAGCCUCCGGGAGUGUGAGCUCUAUGUCCAGAAGCACAACAUCCAGGCGCUGCUCAAGGACUCCAUCGUGCAGCUGUGCACCGCCCGGCCCGAGAGGCCCAUGGCCUUCCUCCGGGAGUACUUCGAGAAGCUGGAGAAGGAGGAGGCAAAGCAGAUCCAGAACCUGCAGAAAGCAGGCAGCCGUGCAGACUCUCGGGAGGAUGAAAUCUCCCCCCCGCCCCCCAACCCCGUGGUGAAGGGCCGGCGGCGACGUGGGGCCAUCAGUGCCGAGGUCUACACGGAGGAGGAUGCUGCGUCCUAUGUUCGGAAGGUUAUACCGAAAGAUUAUAAGACAAUGGCUGCUUUAGCUAAAGCCAUUGAAAAGAACGUACUGUUCUCACAUCUUGAUGAUAACGAGAGAAGUGACAUCUUCGACGCCAUGUUCCCUGUUUCCUUCAUCGCUGGAGAGACCGUCAUCCAGCAGGGUGAUGAAGGGGAUAACUUCUACGUGAUUGACCAAGGAGAGAUGGAUGUCUAUGUCAACAAUGAAUGGGCAACCAGUGUCGGGGAAGGAGGGAGCUUCGGGGAGCUCGCUCUGAUUUAUGGGACUCCUCGAGCGGCCACUGUCAAGGCCAAGACAAACGUGAAACUGUGGGGCAUUGACCGGGACAGCUACAGAAGGAUCCUCAUGGGAAGCACGCUGAGAAAGCGGAAGAUGUAUGAGAAGUUUCUUAGUAAAGUGUCUAUUUUAGAAUCUCUGGACAAGUGGGAGCGUCUCACGGUAGCUGAUGCGUUGGAACCAGUCCAGUUUGAAGAUGGGCAGAAGAUUGUGGUACAGGGGGAGCCGGGUGAUGAGUUCUUCAUUAUUUUAGAGGGCUCGGCCGCCGUGCUGCAGCGGCGCUCCGAGGACGAAGAGUUCGUGGAAGUGGGCAGGCUGGGGCCUUCGGACUACUUCGGCGAGAUCGCCCUGCUGAUGAACCGGCCCCGUGCAGCCACCGUGGUGGCCCGUGGCCCACUGAAGUGCGUCAAGCUGGACCGGCCGCGGUUCGAGCGCGUUCUCGGCCCGUGCUCCGACAUCCUCAAGCGCAACAUCCAGCAGUACAACAGCUUCGUGUCCCUGUCUGUCUGAGGCGCGCCCCGCGCCCCGGCCGCCCCGGCCUCCACGCAGACGCCCUGCCCGCGCAGCGCCCUGGGGCCACGGGCACCGCAGCUUCUUGUUGGUUUCUGUUCCAGUUGCUUUUGUGGCACCGUUUUUAUUUUGGAGCAUUACUGAGUGCUCACACAGUUAAAUAAAUAGAAGGAUUCUCUGGAGACUUUGCUGUCCCUGCUUCUCUGUGCAGUGUUAGUGUUGACACCCAGCCACCCCCGCCCCACCCCGGCCCGCUGUCUGCCGAGGGCUGACCCCGCCCCGCCGAGUUACGUGGAGCCUGAGGGGCAGCGCGAGGUUCCCGGAAGUGACGCACGCCUCCUGUUAGCGUGAGCAGUCUUCAGACUGUGGCUGUGUGCUGUCUGUGUAGAGUAAAGGACUUCUCACGAAGCUCUGAGGGUCAGGAACAGGUAUAGCAGAAUCUUCAUGUAGUAGGACAUCUGCCUGUAGUUAAAGUAGCUUGAGGGUGGACUUGCCCGUUGUUGCUAUGAUAGGACCAGUUGUGUUUUUUUUUAAAAAGAGUUUGUACUUGUCAGGCAGGUUUGCCUGGUUUUGUUUCUCUCCAGUUGUUAAGGUUUCCUCUUGAUCUCUGCAGUAUGUGGAGGUGUGGCUAUCUGUUCCUGCUUUCUGCGUUUCACACUGAAGCAUAAGCUACAAAUACCGGUUCUGAUUUAACGACAUCUGCCUCAGCUCACAGAUUCUGAUUAGACCUUCCUCUUUCCAGCUAGUGCCAAAUACUCAUCAGCAGAUGCUGAAAUGACAAUGAGAAUUCGAGGUCUGCAUUCUUGGUGGUUAACUGGGAGCUUCUAGUUAGUGUGUGUCCUUCAGGUGACUCCAGGAUGGUCAUCUCUUAGGCUCUGCAAGCCCCGACUCCAGGACAGACACACUCCGUGUCGAUGUCGUGACAGAGAAAGGGAUGAGGGGUUGCUAAAGGGGGCGAUGGCAGGCAGACAGAGUUCAGUGUUGGAACUCUGCCCCCUAAGUUCACUGGGGCAGGGGACUUGGAAGACAUUCUUUACUCUGCUUCUGCAUCCGCACCACUCCUCGCCCCGCUUUAAGUCAACUAGACUUUAUGGGGGGUUGGGGGCCGGGCAGGAUGUGUGUGUGUUUCACACCCGUCAGAAAGGCCAUCCUGCUGAGAAGUUCUGCUUCCCUAUCCACUGUUCUAUUCCCUGGGAAACUCCUGUGUAAACUUGUGUUUUGAGUCUUAACUGUAUUUCAGUGUUUUCCAGCUUUAUCAACCUUGUGUUACACUAUUCCAUGUGCACCAAUGAUAACCCCACUGUUCAUCUUUAUUGUUUUUUUAAACAGCAUCUCACAGUUCCGUAAUGUAGGCACUUUUAUUUGCAUUGUGAUCUUUAUAACAUAACAUGUAGGGGUAUAUUUGGGAGUGACUGCAAGCGUUUCUUUUUCCAUCUAUGUGCAACUGACUCUGAUUAUUAAUCCCUUCUGAUUAUUAAUCCCUUCUCCUUACCCUUUCCUGGGUCAUUAAAUUGGUCAUGGUACAUGUUUUUCACAGAUUUGAACAGUUUUUAGGUUGUUAAACUAGUUUGGAGUAUAAAUCUGGGAAACAUUUUAUUUACAUUUUAGUGUGGAAUGGAAAGCCACCUUAUUACAAAUUUUUUAUUUUUCAAAAUUAUACUAAAUGAGGAUUUUUGAUCUGUAUUUUGUGUUUAGCUGCCUUUUUAUAUUUAAAAGAUUAAAACUUAUGUUAAUUAGCUUAAAGCUUAAUUUGAUCUUUGUUUAAAUGCCAAAACUGUACUUAACUAAAUUAUUUAGAAUGUCAUAUGUUUGCACAGUUUCCUAUAUGUAUAUAAUCAUGUUCCAUGUAUAUUUAGAUACCUAUAAUGCUUCCUAAAUGAAUUUUGCUCUUAAGUCAUUUGGCUUUGCUGUUUACCCCUUUUUGUAGUUUUUAACCUAAGAAAAUUGAAGUCUGAAUUUUAAAAUGAUCACAUUUUAAGCUUUAUCUUUGUGCAGUCUGGGUAUAUAUGAGAAACCACAGUUGGCAUCAUUUGUCUCAGUGGAUAUCCUGAGCUUUAGCAGUCAUCAUUUCUGGGCUUGGUAAGGGAGUUUAUGAGAUCUCCUGCUCUAGACAGUGUGGACCGCCAAAGGACCAUUUUGUAUUGUUUCUUGGUUACUAGUCCGAUUAUACUCUGUGUGCUAAUAUACUCUCUUCUUUUUGUUAUAGAUUGUCUCAACGGUAGGUCAAGUAAUAAAAAGAUUAAAUAAUUUACUGAA